UGAGGGAGCGUGUUCUCCGGGGAAAGUACCGGAUCCCGUUCUACAUGUCGACGGACUGUGAGAACCUGCUGAAGAAGCUGCUGGUGUUGAAUCCUGGGAAACGAGGCAGCCUGCAGCAAAUCAUGAAGGAUCGAUGGAUGAACAUCGGCUACAGUGAGAAGGAGCUGAAAACGUACAGCGAACCAGAGCAAGACUUCAACGACUUCGCACGCAUCGAGCUGAUGGAGACGAUGGGCUUCCCUCAGGAGGAAGUGCUGAGAGCGCUGGAGGGCCAGAAAUACAACGAGGCCACGGCGGUUUACCUGCUGCUGGGGAGGAAACCCGCCGAGGUUCGUGACCCACGGCGCCGUUUACUCUCGGACACCUGCAGAGCCGCUAAAGGCCGCAGAGGGGAUAUGAGGUCAUCUCGAGGGAACUAG